CGAGGUAGUAUUGCUGCAAAUUUUGUUCCAAGGACAACCGUUUAGUUUGAAAAUUCGACCGUUAGAUUUGAAAAGUUAACGGACCUUCUUGGCGUAACGUCAUGGCAGCGGUGCUGAUGCUGGUGAUGUUGUGCGGCCUACGGGCGGCCUGGGCCGACACACCGGCCAAUUGUUCCUGGGGACAGGUAGCAGGAGUCUGGGAGUUUCACGUAGGACCGGGUGGUUACGAUCGCCGUCUGAGGUGCAGCUCCUUUACUGCUGUGGAGAGUUUUAAGGCUACUCUCCUGUUCCCGGAUGUUGUGAUGGACAAGGACGGCAAUAAGGGCUUCUGGACCAUGAUCUACAACCAGGGCUUCGAGAUGGUCAUCAACCAGAGGAAAUACUUCGCCUUUUCAUCAUACGUGAAAGAGGAUGACGUGGUCACGAGUAUGUGCAACGCCACGUUCCCAGGGUGGUCACAUGACAUUCUGGGACAGGACUGGGCCUGUUACUAUGGCCUUCAGGUCACACGGGGUGUCCCGGAUGUAGACCCGGUCACAACUCGGCUGGUGCACAAGGAUGACUAUGAAAGAAAGUUUAGGAAUAAUCAUGACUUCGUAAAAGGAAUAAACAGUGUACAAAGGUCAUGGAAAGCGGUGACCUACCCAGAAUCCCACGGGAUGAAGCUGUCCAACAUGGCGUCCAUUGCAGGUGGCUCUUCCUCCGCUCUGACCUACCCCCAACCGACUCCCAUGGACGAGGCAACGAAGAUAGCCAUCAAGCAUCUUCCGAAGAACUUUGACUGGCGCAACAUCAACGGUCAAAACUUUGUCUCUGACGUCAAAGACCAGGGGAACGUGUGCGGCAGCUGCUACGCACAGGCAACAGCAAUCACGUUGGAAUCACGCCUUAGGCUCAUGACUAACAACACGCUCAAGACCACCAUGUCACCUCAGGAUGUAGUAAGCUGUAGUGAGUACUCGCAAGGCUGCCUUGGGGGUUUUCCGUACCUCACUGCCAAGUACGCGCAAGAUUUCGGCAUGGUCGAGGAGCGGUGUAACCCCUACCACGGACACUCCACACCCUGCAUGCCGUACCGGGCUGACUGUAGAAGAUAUUACGUUGAGGAUUACCACUACAUCGGAGGUUUUUAUGGUGCGUGUAACGAAGGGCUGAUGAUGUUGGAGAUGGUAAAGAAUGGACCGAUUCCCGUCAGUUUCCAGGUGUAUGACGACUUCCGGCAGUAUCAUUCCGGAAUAUACCAUCACACAGGCCUAAAAGAUGGCUGGAACCCGUGGAAAGUCACCGACCACGUUGUCACCUUAGUGGGUUACGGAAUCGACCCAACUUCCGGCGAGAAGUACUGGAUAGCACAGAACACGUGGGGCGCGGACUGGGGCGAGCUGGGAUACUUCAGAAUCCGCCGAGGAACCAAUGAGGUCAACAUUGAGUCCAUCGCAGUCGCCAUUACACCUAUCGUUCCCAACCCAUGAUCAGACACAGCUUUUUAUCUCAUUUAUUUAGUACGUAAAUUUAUAAUCACUGGAAAACCUGAUAAUUAAAAAAGGCGUGAUAACUCUUUCUCUAAUAGUUAUCCUUUUUUUCCAUAUAAGAAUUCUAUAUGGAAAGAAAAUGAGAUAACAUUUUAUUAUUCAAGCUCUUUAUGGAAAAACUCUAAAUAGAAAAAUAUU